GGGGCAUCACCAUCCUACAUUUUCUUCAUUGUAGUUGCUGGGGUUGCUUGUGCUUCACCAAUUUCCUCAAACAAUAAAAUGAGUCAUGCACAUUCUCAUACGGGCUCUGGCAGCAGAAUCACUCGAGGUACUUUUGAGUUUGGAAAGACAUAUGUUGUGAGACCCAAAGGAAAACACCAAGCCACUAUAAUUUGGUUGCAUGGUCUUGGUGACAAUGGUUUGAGCUCAUCUCAGCUUUUGGAAUCCCUUCCACUUCCAAAUAUAAAAUGGAUUUGUCCAACUGCCCCCACCCGUCCUGUGGCAAUACUUGGUGGUUUUCCCUGCACAGCAUGGUUUGAUGUGGGAGAACUUUCAGAAGAUGGCCCAGAUGAUUGGGAGGGUUUGGAUGCCUCAGCAAUACACAUUGCUAACUUGUUGUCAACAGAGCCAGCUGAUGUGAAAGUUGCUAUUGGAGGCUUCAGCAUGGGUGCAGCAAUAGCCCUAUACUCUGCAACUUGUUUUGCCAUAGGAAGGUAUGGAAAUGGCAUUCCCUACCCUGUCAAUCUAAGAACAGUGGUUGGACUUAGUGGUUGGCUUCCAGGAUCAAGGAGCUUAAGGAACAAGAUAGAAGUAUCACAUGAAGCAAGAAGACGAGCAACUUCAUUACCCAUUUUGUUGUGCCAUGGAAUCAGUGAUGAUGUGAUCCUUUACAAAUAUGGUGAAAAAUCAGCUCAAUCUUUAUGCUCAGCAGGGUUUCGAUAUGUUGCAUUCAAAUCCUAUGAUGGGCUUGGUCAUUACACAAUUCCUAGAGAGAUGGAUGAAGUUUGCACUUGGCUUAGUUCAAAGUUGGGGCUUGAAGGAUCCUCGUAAUUAUUCUAUUUCAGAGAUUUUGAGAUAAUAAAAUUAAAAUGUUCUGUUUUUAA